CCUCGUAAUUCGUUCUCUCUUAUUUUCUGAGGAAAAAAAUACUUCACUUAUUUAAUUAAUUUCCUUUUUAUUUCUUCUUCCUUCCAAUCUCUUCUCUAAUUUUCAGGUUUUAGUCAUUAAUGGGAACUGAAGCUCCACCUAGAACAAGGAAUGACGGUGGCGACACCCAUAUCACCAAUAAGACUAAGGAACAAAAAGCAAUAGAUGAUUGGCUUCCAAUUACUUCUUCAAGAAAUGCAAAAUGGUGGUAUUCUGCCUUCCACAAUGUCACCGCCAUGGUUGGUGCUGGCGUCCUUAGUCUUCCAUCGGCUAUGGCAAACCUUGGAUGGGGUCCUGGUGUGACUGUUUUGGUAUUGUCAUGGAUUAUCACCUUAUACACAUUAUGGCAAAUGGUGGAGAUGCAUGAAAUGGUCCCUGGGAAGAGGUUUGAUAGAUACCAUGAGCUUGGCCAACAUGCUUUUGGUGAGAAAUUAGGCCUUUACAUUGUGGUACCUCAACAAUUGAUUGUUCAAGUUGGUACCAACAUAGUAUAUAUGGUCACUGGGGGGCAAUCGCUGAAAAAGUUCCAUGACAUCGUGUGCCCGAGCUGCAAGAGUAUCAAAUUAACUUACUUUAUCAUGAUCUUUGCCUCGGUUCAAUUUGUACUUUCCCACCUUCCUAGCUUCAAUUCAAUGUCCGGUGUCUCUUUGGCCGCAGCUGUUAUGUCUUUAACUUAUUCGACGAUUGCCUGGACAACUUCUGUUGCAAAGGGUGUACAACCUGAUGUGGAUUAUGGAUUCAGAGCUAGUACCACAACAGGGAAAGUUUUUAACUUCUUAAAUGCUCUGGGAGAUGUGGCUUUUGCAUAUGCAGGGCACAGCGUGGUGUUGGAAAUCCAAGCAACAAUCCCAUCUACACCGGAGAAGCCCUCGAAACGAGCUAUGUGGAGAGGAGUUCUUGUUGCUUAUAUAGUUGUUGCUUUGUGCUACUUCCCUGUUGCUUUGAUUGGAUACUGGACGUUUGGAAAUUCUGUCAAAGACAAUAUUCUGAUCUCACUAGAGAAACCUGGAUGGCUUAUUGCAUUGGCUAACAUGUUUGUUGUUAUCCAUGUUAUAGGAGGUUACCAGAUAUAUUCAAUGCCCGUGUUCGACAUGAUAGAAACUGUAUUGGUGAAGAAAAUGCAUUGCAAGCCUAGUUUUUUACUUCGAUUUAUUGCUCGUAACGUUUAUGUCGCACUUACAAUGUUCAUUGGCAUUACCUUCCCUUUCUUUGGUGGUCUACUUGGAUUCUUUGGAGGAUUUGCCUUUGCCCCCACAACAUAUUUUAUUCCCUGUGUUAUAUGGCUUCUUAUGUACAAACCCAAAAGGUUUGGGUUAUCUUGGUGCACUAAUUGGAUAUGCAUCAUACUCGGAGUGCUUCUAACUGUCCUAUCACCUAUUGGUGGAUUGAGAAAUAUCAUACUUCAAGCCAAGAACUACCAUUUCUACUCAUAAAUUGCCCUCCAGUUGCUCCAGAGUGAUAUAUGAAUAAAAUAAGCAGAUGAUGCCACUAUACUGUCCAUAAAUACGUUUGUUGACUGAUAAAAAUGUCAUAUUUAGUUGAAGAUUAGAAAGAAUCUAAGAGUUUAAAACUAUCUUAGAUAAGGAUUUUACACUGCUUAUUUCUCUCUUCAAUGUCGUUGCAACUACCAGUAAUUUUCAUGUUCAAAAUUUUUUAUCUUCUUCCGCAAUCAAUAUAAAAAUUUUGCUUCUAAUUA